AUGGAGCCCGAGCAUAAGGAGUUGUUGGAGAAAUGUUACCAGGACUUGGUGGACUCUGUAACGGACGUGGACCGGGUCGUGGAGGUUUUAUCUCGCUGCGGUGCUCUCAGUCCGUCCGAACGGUACCAGCUCGGACAGGGCUGUUCGUCCGACCCGGAUAAAGUGGACCUGCUGCUGAAGAUCCUGCUCAGUCAGGACAGAGACCACUUCUCUGAGUUUUGCAUGGCCCUGGAGAAGUUUCACCCUCACCUGCACUCCGUGCUGCUCAGCGGUACCGGUACCGGGCCUGGUUACCACACAGCUGGGUCCACUUACAGCGUCUUAUCCACCAUGCCGUCAGACUCUGAAAGCAGCAACUCUCUCAGCAGCUCAGGUACACCUGGUCAAGCAUCAUCGCUGCCGCCUGCUGAUACGGACAGCCACCAGGUGAAUGAGACGAUGGAAACGCUUCGACACAUGACCCGUGAGAGGGACGAAUUACGAAAGCGCGUUCCCCUUUCUUCACCUGGAACCGCCUUUGAUGACUGCAGACAAAACUCAAAAGCUGGGCAUGACUACGAGCAUUUGAAGCUGCAGUGCAUGAAGGUGAUGGCAGACCUGCAGUCUCUACAGAACCAGCACAGCACCACCCUGAAGAGGUGCGAGGAGGCGGUGAAGAAAGCAGACUUCUACCAUACACUUCACAGCCGCCUUGGAAGUGAACAUGCCCAGUUGAAAGAUGAGCUGGAGGCUGUGAGACUGGACAACAUCCAGUUAGUCAGGGAGCACAACCACUUAAAGCAGACCUGUGAAGAGCUGAGGAGGCUGCAUGAUGACGAUCAGCGAGAGGUGGCUGACUUGAGGAUCCUACACCAGCAGGUGGUGAGAGAAGGUUCAUCUGAUGUUGUCAACAAGAUGUAUGACACUGCAGUGGACAAGUUGGAGGCUUUGAAGGGUGACUACGAGGCUCUGAGGAAACGUUAUAAUGAGACAACAGCAAGCCACAACAUAGAUCUGAGUCGCCUGGACCAGAUAGAGGAGGAAAACCACCAGCUACAGAAACAACUGGAGAUGCUUCUGAAGCAGAGGGAUGCUGCUAUCUACUAUCAGCAACAGUACUCUUCUUCUGUUAGAAGAUUUGACAACGCACAGCAAGAACUGUCCAAAGCCACAGCCCACAACAAAGAGCUGCACCAAGAAAUGGAACGGCUGCAGUCUGAGGCGACACGGCUGAAAACACAGCAGCUCAAAGCCCUGAAGGACUGUGAGAAAUACAAGGAGGAACGGGACUCUGUGAUCAGUGAAUACCGUCUGGUCAUGAGCGAGAGGGACCAGGUGAUCAAAGAGGUGGACAGGCUUCAGACCGGGCUGGAGAUGGCAGAGGCAAAGUUGAAGAACACUUCCUCAGAGAGACAGGUGGCCAACGAGGAACUGGAGGCUUUCCGACAGGAACUGUCCUCGGCACUGAUGGACAGGGACAGGGCCAUCUGUGAGAAGAACGAGCUGCUGGAGAAGUACUGCCACGAGGUAAAGGACAAGGCCGAGGCUCAAAAGGAACUGAGCCAAGCCUGCAAGGACAUAGAAACUGUGCGUGAGGAGAGGGAUGUAGCCCGCAAGGAGAGGACGGAGGCCAUCAUCCAGAGGGACCAGCUGCUGCGAGAGUAUUACCAGGCCAGACAGAAACAAGACUCUGCUACUCUGGACAUGGAACGUGCCAACAAGGAGAUCGAGAUCUUGAGGAAGCAGUACGAGCCCAUCUCUCUGGAGCUGAAGGAAGCCUUGCAGGAGGCAGAGGUAGCAAAGUGUCGCAGAGACUGGGCCUUUCAGGAGAGGGACAAGAUAGUGGCAGAGAGGGAGAGCAUACGGACGCUGUGUGACAACCUGAGGCGAGAAAGGGAUCGAGCAGUAAGUGACCUGGCGGAAGCUUUGAGGAAUCUUGAUGAUCUGAGAAAGCAGAAGAAUGAUGCUACACGGGAACUCAAAGAGAUAAAAGAAAAGGUGGAAGACCAGUUGGAACUAGAAGCAAGGUUUCGUCAGUUGAUGGCUCACAGUUCCCAUGACUCCGCCAUCGACACCGACUCAAUGGAAUGGGAGACGGAAGUUGUAGAAUUUGAGAAGCACAGAGACAUGGAUUUGAAAGCACUGGGGUUUGAUAUUGCUGAAUGGGUAAAUGAUCCUUAUUUACCAGGAGACUGUGGGAUAUUUGUUAGUAAGGUGGCCAAAGGAAGUAUUGCUGAGGGAAGGCUGAGGGUGAAUGACUGGUUGUUGAAAAUUAAUGACAUGGACUUGACCAAUAAGGACAGGAAGCAAGUGAUCAAAGCGGUACUGAGCGGAGAGGGAGUGAUCAAUAUGGUCGUUCGCAGAAGGAAGUCGCUAGGAGGACGGGUUGCUACCCCAAUCCAGAUAAGCCUGGCUGGACACAAAGAAAGUGGCAUAGGCCUGGAAAGUGGAAUUUUUGUCACAUCUUUGGCCCCAGGAAGUCCGGCUGCCAGAGAUGGAUCUAUGACUGUCGGUGACAGGCUGCUAGCUAUCAAUGGAAUCACACUUGAUAACAAGUCCCUCCCAGAAUGUGAGGCACUCCUGAGGAACUGCCAUGAUUAUCUCAGUAUUUCCUUCCAGAAGUUUGUUCCACAGAGCUGUUCUGGCCAGAGUUUAUUUGAAACUUUGAAGGAGUCAGAAAAGCCCUGCCGGCUCCAAUCAUGUGAGGUCCAUGCCAGGAACUGCAGGAACCCCAAACACAUUUGGUCCAAGCAUAACUGCUCCACACAAACAGAUGUUAACAGCUGUGACAUAAGCAGCACAGGUGAUGUAGCCUGUAAGGAAACCAAUGAGACUCACUGCCCUCAUAAGCCCUUUUCUAAUGGUUCCCUACACUCUCGCUCUCUUUCCCACCAAGGCAACUCCUCCACUUUACAUAGUUACUCAGAAACGCAUGAAGAGGUCUGGCACAGGAGGCCAGAGCCGCACCAUGGCCCUUUCACUCUCACCUCCAUGGUCUCUGACUGCAGCUCUCCACAGCCUUCUGUAGUGAAGCCUGCUGGAGGCACAUGGCCAAAAAUGAUGAUGGGAGAUGAUAGUCCUGAGUGCAGCCAACUUUCGAUUUAUAAAAAACCAAAACAAAGGAAGUCUAUCUUUGACACUCAUGCAUUUAAAAGAUCUGAGGUGCCCCCAAAAUUGGAUUAUGUAUCCCUUGCUCAGUUUCCCAAGCAUUCACCACAGAACUCGACAUCUGAAGCUGCUCAGAGUCCUCCUACUCCUCCAACAAGAAGUGACUCUUUCAGGUUCAAACAUCAUCAACAGAACAGUUCAGCAUCCGAUUCCACCAUCACUACCGGCACUCCCCCGGCCUCACCGGCACCAGCUGCAGGCCCCCAUGAGGAUGGGGAGGCAAGGAGCCAGUACUGCUAUUCUGAUGGUUCCUCAGGAGAGACUAUGAUGAGUUCAAAGAAACCUCUCGAGGAAGAGAGGCAAAGGUACAGAACACAGGAGCGAGAAAGGAGGAGACACCGGCCAAAAUCGGCACCUGCUCUGCAGCGAAAUGUGGCUCCAUUACACACCCCUGUUCCCAUGCAGAGUUUCUCUAACGAUGAGCAGUCCCCAGAGCCCAUGGACAUGUUGCGUUUCUCUCCCAUGCGAACCAAUCGGUACAGCAUGCCCUUCACACCUCCAGGCUACAACAGUAUUGGUGCACAACCAGUACAACGAGGUUUAGCUCCAUGUCCUAUUGUGACAGCAGUGACGAGGAACCCGGUCUACACCGCCUGGAGCCAUGAGAUCCAGUCUAACAACGGUCCACCAGCACCCGGCCCAGGCGCCCACCCACAGUCACACACCAGGUGUGAGCAGUUGUCAAUAAACAGCCCUCAGCAUCAAGGUCGACACAGCAUGGAUCUCAGCCACAAGCACACUGGAGAGUUCGUUGAGAUGAGCUGCAGCCAACCAUCACACGCCACCACCACGAACCCCGUAGUCCCCAGUGCCCGACCGGGUUCUUCAAAUACUUUAAAGUUUCGGGCAGAACGCAUUAAGAUGCCCCCAGCUCGUUACCCACGCUCCACUGGAUCUGACAGAGGCUCCCGCUCCCAUUCAGAGUGCAGCAGCCCGACACCACCACUGUCCCCCGUCAACCUGGAGCUCUCACCUUUUACCAGCACCCAAUCGCAAAGCUCCAUUUCCCCCCAACCCAGGAUAUCAGUCAGCCAUGUUGCAGUUGGUGACAGAAGGAAAAACGGGCCAUAUUUGGAAGAGCCACGCAGUGUGACUGUACAGAAAGGAGCAGAACCGCUUGGAAUCUCCAUCGUGAGCGGUGAGACUGGAGGAGUGUUUGUGUCCAAAGUCACAGCAGGCAGCAUUGCACACCAAGCUCAUUUGGAGUAUGGGGACCAACUCCUAGAGUUCAAUGGAAUCAACCUUCGGAAUGCCAACGAGCAGCAGGCUCGACUGGUGAUCGGGCAGCAGUGCGACACAGUCACCAUUUUGGCUCAGUAUAAUCCUCACAUGGUUCAACUGGGAAACCACUCGCAUUCAGGUUCUCGGGUAGAGUCAGUCAUCAGCCAUGCAACCCCUCAAGACAGUGGUGCCACCACCCUGGACCAUCACUCCGUCAUCAACAUAGUGAGCGAACACAACCACAGCACUGUGACGUCAUCGCCCAACCAGAACACACCUUCAACCAGCCCUCACAGCCCAUUCAGGCUGCCUGGUUCAGGUUUCUGCAGGGCUGCAGAACCUCGGCUGGUGAGGCUGACGAAGAUCCAGGUCGAGCUGGGAGUUCAGAUCUGUGGUGGAAACCUUUGCGGCAUCUUUGUGGAAAGUCUGGAUGAUGAUAAUCCGGAUGGCCUGCUGCCUGGAGACUUGAUACUGGAGUGCAAUGGCAUUAACAUGAAAAACAAAACUAAAGAAGAGGCAUACUUGGAGAUGAUGAAACCAGCUGAAACAAUCACAGUCAAAGUCCAGAACUACAUGGGUGACCUUAGUGCCCUCACAGAGUCCCCUGGAGAUGGAUUUUUUAUAAGAGCACUUUAUGAGAGGGAGGCAGAGGUCGAGCAGGAGCUGAUCUUUAAGAAAGAUGACAUUCUGUACGUGGAUGAUACACUACCACAUGGAAACUUUGGGUACUGGAUGGCCUGGCAGCUGGAUGAGAAGGCACAGAAGCUUGAGAGAGGACAAAUUCCAAGUAAAUACAUGAUGGAUCAGGAGUUCUACAGAAGACACAACAUGCUUGAUAAAGAUGAUAACGGCGCCAGUAAGACUCUGUCUGCUGCCGCUCGGAGGUCUUUCUUCCGCCGGAGGCCAAAGCACAAACGCAGCGGAUCCAAGGAUGGGAAGGAGCUGAUGGGUCUGGAUGCUAUAAGCACAGAUUUCUUCCCUGUCAUAGAUGAUGGUGUGAACCUGGUGUACCAGCGUGUCCAGAAGGUGGAUUGCACUUUUCCCAGACCAGUGCUGCUCUUGGGUCCAUUGGUGGAACCUUGUAAGGAAAUGUUGGUGAAUGAGGCUCCUGAUAAGUUCUGUCGCUGUCUGCCUGAGAUUAUGAAGGCAUCUCAGCAGGCAAUUGAGCGAGGAGUAAAAGAUUGUGUGUUCAUCGACUACAAACGGAGGAGUGGUCAUUUUGAUGUGACAACUGUGGCAUCAAUAAAGGAGAUCACAGAGAAGGACUGUCACUGUUUACUUGACAUUGCCCCUCACGCCAUUGAACGUCUUCACAGCGUUCACAUCUUCCCAAUUGUCAUAUUCAUUCGCUACAAAAAUGCCAAACAGAUAAAGGAGCAGAAAGAUCCUCAGUACCUGCGGGAUAAACUCUCACAGAAACAUUCCAAGGAGCAGUUUGAGAUGGCUCAGAGAAUAGAACAGGAAUACAGCCGCUUUUUCACAGGUGUUGUUCAGGGAGGCAGCGUCUCUUCCAUUUGCACUCAGAUCGUGAGCGUCGUGGAGCAGGAGCAGAGUAAAGUGCUGUGGAUUCCACAUGGAGCUCUGUAGGAGCGUCUCAUCAUCUUGGUUUCUUGCCUGCCUUUGUGGACGUUCGAGGAGUUGCACCAUUUUGGUGAAUCAGUACAUCUAAAAGACUUUGGUUAGAAUUUCGGCACCAAUGAGGCCAAAAGCGUAGGAUUCCCACAGUAGUGCUGUACUUUUUGUUUACACGCCUUUGACGCGUACUUGAAUGUUUUUUUUUUCCUUAAUGUGCUACCACUCCUAGAAUCCAGAGUGUCCUCAUACUGUUAUAAAAGAAGACAGAUCGGACCACUGUUCUUUUUGCAUCUUUCUAAACUUUAAUUCAUCAAAUCAGACCUCCUUUGUUAUACAUAGUUUUAGCUAAUAGUAAAUCUGCAUUUUCCAAAUAAUGUUAUUUAUAGAGGAACCAGUGGGGCCAGAUGUGCUUCUUCUCUUUGUGUUGCUGUCUUUUGUUCCUGAACCAGUUCUUACACUUUACAGAGUUCGACCCACAGUUUUCCCAAGCAGUACCUCAGCAUGACUUGUGUCGGCGUACUGCUUGGCAAACAUCACCACAACUCGGGAAUAGUUGCUUAAACUUGUGCUAGUUUUUGAACAUGUUCAAAGUUUCCAGGAAGAAAAAAGACUUUCUAACUGUUGCCAAGUGGUGUACCUGCUAGGGAGCACUUGAUUCGGUUUGAUUUAUUUAUAAAGCACCAAAUGACAACAGAAGUCACUCUAAGGCGCCAUAAAUGAGCAAUUAAACCUUAAGAUCUGUUCAUACCGAACCACCGGUUGGCCAGUUGAACUUGUUGACAGACGAUAGUGCAAGUCAGCUCAAUUUUUCUGGCACCGCUGGCUCGUCUGCACACGUCGCCGGUGAGAGUGCAAAUGCUAAUGCUAAUUGGUUGUUCAGCAUUAACAAAUCAAAAUAUUUAAGAUCAUUUCAUUCUGCUCCAUCUCCUGACAAAGAUUCAGGUCGGCCCUUGAGCCUGUCACCGAUCUGUUCAAGAUCUCAACCAUGUUUUGUAAUUUUGCCUUUUCUUUGCUUCCGCUUUCUCUGUCUUUCCAACAUUCAAACACUCAGGUUUGAUGAGGCCAGCACCAACCAUAACUUCCUCAACAUCAUCCUUGAUCCUUUGCGAAGCUGAAUGAUGACCAGGAGUGCAGCAGAAAUGAAGAGUAAAUGCUGCUUUGCUGUUUUGUUUGAGUCGUCAUGACUUUCAGUUUCCCUCCCUGAAGGAUGUAGAUAAGCGCCACUUGCUUGGUGUGAACAGACCUUUACCCAACCUGUGAGCAAACGCAUUGGCAGCA